UUAAAGAAGAUGGAGGGAGAAUCUGGCGCCAAAAUUGCUAUUCGUGGCAAGGGCUCCGUCAAGGAGGGCAAAGGUCGUUCGGAUGCAGCUCACGCCAGCAACCAGGAGGAGGACCUCCACUGUCUCAUCAUGGCCGAUACAGAGGAGAAGGUCAACAAGGCUAAGAAGCUCAUUCACAACGUUAUUGAAACAGCCGCGUCCAUCCCCGAAGGACAAAACGAGCUCAAGCGCAACCAGCUUCGUGAGCUUGCUGCCCUCAACGGUACUCUCCGUGACGACGAGAACCAGGCUUGCCAGAACUGCGGCCAGAUCGGUCAUCGCAAGUACGACUGUCCCGAGCGCCAGAACUACACUGCCAGCAUCAUUUGCCGCGUCUGUGGCAACGCUGGGCACAUGGCCAGAGACUGUCCCGAUAGACAGAAGGGUGCCAGCUGGCGCAAUGACGGUGCAGGCAGAGGUGGCGAGGCUGGCCGCAUUGAAGGCGGAGACGCGGUCGACCGCGAGUACGAGGUGCGUUUUUCUGUAUUCCUUAAACCCGAACAAACCCAAUGCUGACUUCGACAAUAGCAACUUAUGCAAGAACUCGGCGGUGGCUCAGCCGGCGGCGCUGCUCCUGCGCGCAUCGAAGCUGGCCCUGGUUCCUACAAUAACAACGGACCCAGCGGCGGUGAUGCGAAGCCCUGGCAGCGUGGCCCUACCGGCGGCCCUGCUCCUUGGCGUAGCCGCAACAACGACUCGCGCGAUGAUCGUGAUCGGGGUGACCGCGACCGCGACCGUGAUGGUGGCGGUGGUGGCGGCGGUGGUGCUGCUCCCUGGGCCCGCGAUCGCAACCGUCGUGAUGAUCAUGGUGGCGGCCAUGGAGGUGGCCACGGCGGCUGCGGUGGUGACUACUACGGCGGCGGCCAAGGUGGCUACGGCGGUCAAUCUGCAGGCGCUGCUCCGGGUGCUGCUCCCUGGCAUCAGCCUCCCGGAACUCAGAACGGUUACGGCGGCUAUGGGGGCUACUCGGGAUACGGUGCUCCUCCUGGCAUGGCUGCGCCCCCAUCUGGCGUUCCUCCUCCGCCUCCUGGUGCUCCUGGUCUUGGAGCUCCUCCAGGUCUGGCUGGUGGUCUCAACGCACUCAUCCAGCAGUAUGCUGGAGGUGCCCCUCCCCCACCUCCUUCCGACAAUGCUCCUCCUCCGCCUCCCAGCGACCAACCUCCCCCACCUCCCCCUGGUGCCUGAAGUGGCUUUUGGAAGCUAGGUGGAAGAUCAGACGACUAACAUGGGCCCUAACAUCGUAUCUGCAUACCGACCACGUUGACAACUAACGCUCAACUAACAACCAAGGAUUCAUAUCAUGACUUCCAGGGUUGGACAAGUGUUCCCACUUACGCACGAACGUGUUCAUUUCACCUGACUAUCUAAAAACCCCAGUGCGGGCAGCAAGCACUUAACACAAAAAGCAGAAUCAACAAAACAGCGGACACAAGAAAGCAAAUUGUACGAUAGCGAUAGGAGGGGCAUUCUAGUGGGCACUAAUCCAUAGGCUUUUCUUUAUGCAUUUGUGCGUUCCUUUCAUAGCAAAAAU